ACCAAACCAACUACACUCAUUAACCAUCAUGCACUCCUCCAUUCAAAUCAUCCUCCUAUUUACCCUUUUAUCAAGGGCAAACUUGUCAAAUUGCAUGAACCUCACAAUCAUCAACAACUGUCACGAAACCAUAUGGCCGGGUAUAACUGCCACCAACACCACCCUCCCCGGUGGCGGUUUCGUCCUGAAACCAGGCGAAACCGCCAUUUACGCCGCCCCACCAGGGUGGGGCGGCCGUAUAUGGGGCAGAACAGGAUGCAAUUUCGACAAAAACGGCAACGGCACAUGCCAAACCGGAUCAUGCGGUACAACACUAACCUGCACCAGCCCGGGCACCCCGCCCGCGUCAAUUGCCGAAUUUACCCUCGGUGACACUGCUUUUUACGAUGUUAGCCUUGUAGAUGGAUUCAACUUGCCACUUACGGUUACACCGAUUGAAGGGAAAGGGGAAUGUAGCAUUGCUGGAUGUGAUACGGAUCUUAGGGUUAACUGCCCACCGGAGCUAACUUUCCGGUUAGAUGGGAAAACAGUUGCAUGUCGGAGUGCGUGUAAUGUUUUUGAUUCCGAUGAGUUUUGUUGUAAAGGAAUGUACUCAAAUCCAGUCACGUGUGUUCCAACAAAUUACUCAAAGAUUUUCAAAACGGCUUGCCCGGUGGCAUAUAGCUAUGCUUAUGAUGAUCCCACCAGCAUUAUAACAUGUUCUACUACCGAUUUUGUCGUCUCAUUUUGUUCACCAAGGAAUCAGACACAACAAUGCUCGUAUCAUGACAAUAAACUUGUAUGUAACGGGUCAACAAGGUCAAAGUCAACGCCUUACAUAUGGCUAUUUUUCAUGUUUUUUUUGCCAAUUGUGAUUCAAAUCCGAAUUAUAUCUUGAAGAGAUCAUCUGUACAGUAUAAUCAUGCUACCUAAAUUCUAUGAACGAAAACAAUCUCUGUACAAAUAUUAUCGAGUAAA